GGUUCAUAUUUGAUAAGAACCUUUUUGUCAUUUGUAGUAGUUGCCCAGGCGACGAUGAACCAACAUCUAUCCGCUUUUCUCGGUAGUGUCGGAGUUCUGAGUGUGGGAUGCACAGUGGGAUGGACGACUCCGAUUCUGAAGAAGUUGAGGAAGCCAGACAGCGUGCUGCCGAUCACGGAGAGCGAGAGCUCUUGGCUUGCAGCGGCGCAUGAAGUCGGACACUUUCUCAGCCCGCUGCCUGCAGGCUACGCCAUCGGGUCAGUCGGAAGAAAGCUAUGCCUCAUCGUGGCAUCUGUGAUCACCGUGUGCGGAUGGAUCCUCGUCCUCUCGACAAGAUCCGUCGCUAUGCUUUAUUUCGUCAGGUUCUUGUUCGGUAUAUCGAUGGGUGUCGUGUUCACGACGGUACCGUUGUACAUAGCUGAGGUGGCUCCGAGCAGGACGAGAGGUGCUCUGAGCACGCUUUUCCAAGCCAUGCUCUUCAUGGGCCACUUGAUCGAGUUUUCAGCAGGGCCUUACGUCUCCUACUCGACCCUCGGGUUCAUCACCAUCGCCUUCGCAGCGUUCUGGCUCAUAACUUCUUUUUUCCUGAAAGAAUCUCCACAUUUUCUAGUCCAGAAGGGCAGGAUGGACGAGGCGACGAAAAAUCUCUCCUGGCUCCUGAAAACGAAUAACGAAGAACAUUUAAAAAAGAAAAUCGACGAUAUAGCCGAGACAAUCGUAAAGGACAACUUCGGUAAAGCCAGUUUCCAAGAACUGUUUUCCUCUCGUUACAACAGAAAACUCGCUGUUGUGAUUUUGGUAGCAGUGUUCCAACGUUUUGCCGGCAUGUCUGCCGUUGUCGCGUACGCGGCUACGACUUUCCAGUCUACAGACCAUUUUUUGAACUCCGACCAAUACACAAUUUUAUUCGGGGCUUUGAUUUUCGUUUUCACGUUCGUUUCUGCUGCUUUGAUCGACUGCAUGGGCAGAAGACCUUUGUUGCUCGUCUCGAGCAUCGGAUGCGCGAUCGCCCAUUUCGUGACCGGUGUGUACUUCGUCUGGGUCAUCCCCGAGGUCAAUUGGAUCCCUUUCGUUUCCAUCUGCGCCUUCUCGAUCCUGUAUUCCUUGGGGUUGGGGCCGAUCGUGAACACGCUUCAAGGAGAGCUAUUUCCACCGCACAUCAAAGGGCUGGCAUCAGCCUUCACCACCCUUUGCCACGCUGCGGCUUCCUUCGCCGUCACAAAACUCUUUCAAGUCGUGAAGGACCAAGCCGGCAUAUACGUGUGCUUCUUUGCCUUUUCAAUAUCCUGCUUGUUAUGCAGCGUGUUUGUCUUCGUCAUGGUUCCAGAAACAAAGAAAAAAGAUCUUAUACAAACACAACAGCCAAUGUAAUGACUAUUGUAGUAAUAAAUAUACAAACAAUUAA